UUAAUUCUGAAAAAAAAAGUUAAUAUUUCUUACUUUUUGUUUGUUUCUCUUUUCCUUUUUUAGUAAAUUAAGGGAAAAUAAGAAAACAGCAGAGCUGAUUAAAACUGCCAACCUUCUUUUUAAUUCCUUUGAGCCUUAUUAUAUGUGGGAUUACGUUGCACGCUGGUUUGAAGAAUGUUGUAGGAGGACACUGCACGCCAGACUUCAGAUGGGGCCUGGAGAUAGCAGUGAGUCAUCUGAGUUACAGCUGACGAAUUUCUGCUUACUGGUGGAUUUUUUGUUGGAUAUAGUUUCUUUGGAGACUUACAUUGAAAUCCAGACAGAACACUUGCCCCAGUUACUACUCAGGAUGAUUUCUGCCCUGACCAGCCAUCUCCAGACAUUGCACUUGUCUGAACUCACAGAUUCACUCAGGCUCUGCUCAAAGAUCCUUAGCAAGGUUCAACCUCCACUCUUAUCUGCCAGCACUGGAGGUGUGUUGCAGUUUCCAAGUGGGCAGAGCAGCUCGGUCAAAGAAUGGGAAGACAAAAAGGUAAGGUUUGCUAUUAUUUUUGGUAUUAGACCAAUUAUAUUUCUUCAAAGCAGAAUACUUUAUAGUCAUUUAGAUAUCAGUGAAUUUUUUUCUAGACUCGAGUGUUGUGGCAGUAGUCCAUCUUGUAGGCUUUUGGCAGUUUAGCUGUCUAUAACAGCCCUCCACUAGAAAUACAAUGCCGACAACAUAUGUAAUUUUUAACUUUCUGGUA